GGGUUGUUUGGGCCAGUUUGGCGGGUUUGGUGCUAGCGGUGAGGGUCACUGAUCUAUGUUGCAGGUGCUUGGCUUGGUGUCUCGACGUCUCGACCGUUUGGGACUUCUGACCACUUUGUUUUGUACGCUCUGAACUUUGGACGCCUGAAGAAGUCGUGAAACGUUCGCCCGUUCCGUGGUCCCUACGGUUCGGUGGAGCUGGGGCGAGAUCUGACGCAGCUGAACACACGUCUUUUCUAAUGGAGCAGUUUACGGAGCAGGGGGAACGAGCUGCACUGUUGGGAGAGACCAGCUGCAUGUUGAAAGCCACCGAAGAGAUUCUGUUCAGAUGCUGUUUUUGCGACCAUGUCACCACAGAUCCGCGUGAACUCACGAGCCACCUUCUUGGCCAUGGAGACGAAGAACAGCCCAAGGACCAGCAUUGUUUCUCAUUGCUUAGAUCUAGGUCCAUAUUAAGUACUCCUGUAGUGAUCGACAGACCUGGUACGUCGCUGAACUCUUCCAGCACCCUGAAUGUGCCCGAAACCUUCACCGAGCUUGUGUACAUUCCGAUUCACGUGGCUGAAAAACCCUUUGGGUGUGUACUGUGCCCCCAAACUUUCAGAAAGCCUGAAUUUUUGACAAUUCACAUUAGAGAGCACACAGGUGAAACACCGUACAAGUGCAAGCGUUGUCCCGAAAGUUUUUCGUCUAAGCGGGGCUUUGCCACCCACACUCGAAUGCACAAAAAUGAAAGACCUUCCAAGGACGAGUUAUGCCCCGAAAGCCUUGUUUAUCCUAAGGCCCUGACCAGUCCCACUGAAACAUACACUGCUGAAAAACCUUACAAGUGCGAGCAAUGCCCUAAAGCCUUUGUUCUGAGUUAUACUCUUAACGACCAUAUGCAGACACAUAAAGGUGAAAGACGUCACAAAUGUGAGCAUUGUGCCAAAACCUUUAUUCGGAGAUCCUGUCUUAUCAGCCACAUGUUAUUGCACAAAGAUGAAAACCCUUACAAGUGUAAGCUAUGCCCUAUGACUUUUAUUCGGCUUGGAGCCCUGGCUAAGCACAUUCAAACACACACAGUUGAAAACCGUUUCAAGUGCAAGCUGUGUCCCAGAGCCUUUGAUGGAAGCUCUAAACUGAAGUACCACAUUCGAACACACAAGGGUGAAAAACCUUACAAGUGCAAGCAUUGUCCUAAAGCUUUUGUUGCAAGUGAUGCUCUGAAAGACCACAUUCUAACACACACAGCUGAAAAACCUUACAGGUGCGAGCAUUGUCCUAAAGCUUUUGUUACAAGAGGUGCUCUGAAGCACCACAUUGCAACACACACAGAAAAAAAACCUUACAAGUGCGAGCAUUGUCCUCGUGCCUUUGCUUGUAAGAGCCGUUUGAUUAUGCACAAUGAAGCACACACGUGUGAAAUGCCAUAUAAAUGCAAGCAGUGCCUCGAGGCGUUCAGUCGACUUGAACUGUUGACCGAUCACAUUGAAACACACAAGGAUGAAAAGCCUUAUCAGUGCCCCAAAUCUCUUUCUCAGAGUGAUUCUCUUGAUGGCAAUAUUCAGACAUUUACCCGUAAAAUAUGUUACAAGUGCAAGCAUUGUCCCAAAGUCUUUGCUGGGAAACAUGCUCUUGCCAACCAUGUUCGCUUGCACAAAGGUGAAAAGCCUUACAAAUGCAAGCAGUGCCCUAAAGUCUGUAUUCGAAGUGAUACUCUUAGUAACCAUAUGCUGACACAUAAAAGUGGAUACCGCCACAAGUGUGAGCAUUGUGCUAAAACCUUUCUUCGAAGGUCCUAUUUUAUCAGCCACAUGCAAUUGCACAGGGAUGAUAACCCUUACAAGUGCAAGCAUUGUCCCAAAGUCUUUGCUUUGAAAUAUGGACUUGUCAGGCAUGUUCGAACACACGCAGGUGAAAAACCUUACAAGUGCGAGCAAUGCCCUGAAGCCUUUACUCGGAAUGAUGCUCUUAGUCACCACAUGCAGACACAUAAAAGUGAAAAACGCUACAAGUGUGAGCAUUGUACGAAAACCUUUGCUCGGAGAUCCUAUCUUAUCAGCCACGUGCGAGAAAAGCACACUGGUUAAAGGCCUUAUAAUUGCAAAGCAGGCCGAAGUCCUUUGGAAUGUUUAUCGAAUCCAUCACUCGAGCAUGUGUGUUACAAUUGCUGGCCAUCUCGGAACAAUUAUUGAUUUGUCUUGCUUCAGCAGGCACGUGUGAAGAUGUAAGCAUCACAAACUUAGACUGAAAUAAAAAAAAAAAAUUUUUUUUAAAGGGUUUAGAUUAGGGGUGGCCAGGCUGACGCGGCCUGAGAGCCGCAAACAAAACCACGAAACUUGUAAGAGCCAAAGGGGGGGACAAACUUUUGUCCAGAGGAAUGAACGAAACUCAAACUACUCUCAAUCUAUCGGAGUCAAAAGUAGUCCAACUGUACGUAAGGUAACAGUAGCACAAGACUACCAAACCGCAACCUCUCCUUUAAUAUAAAACGCGUUCCAUUUCUCUUUUUGGGCAAGCGGUCGUGUGACCGGGAGGGAGGGGGGUGUGUGUGUUGGGGGGGGGUAGUUGUGAGCCCCAUGCGGUUCGCUAGCCGCAGCUUGGCCACCCCUGGUCUAGACAUAUAUUACACAUUUUUUAAAAUUAUUUUUCUACGGGAAACAAUAUUUUUUCGCACAAUGUUUACGCUGUUAGACACAAUUUGGAUGGAGAUCACUGCCUGCUCUAAGCCCUGCCCGCAGAUUAGCGGUCCCGCCCAUUACUAGAGAGUGGCUUGGCUGCUCGGCCAAACAUGCUCGCAAGCCUAGUCUCCCCGAGGCGACGUCCGGUGCAUCUGGUCUGGCAUCUGACACCGCCUGCUAGUUGUGCGGGCAGACGUGCAGCAGCCUCUAGCAUUGUCUGCUAAUCUACCACCAUUUAUCGUCGUCUGCAACACCUGUAAGAUACAGCCAUAAGAGCGGUGCGUCUGCAUCCUCCAUUGCUUGUGUUUGUCUGCUAUUCCACUUCCGUGUAAAGCUCUUUGCAAAGCUCUCAAGACGCGACCAUGAAAGCGGCGUCCUAGCUUUCCAUCAUGCACAAGCAAUGGUACAAUACAAGCAUCUGUCAGCGUCUGUCAAUGUGCAAUAUGUAGUGACCGAAAGGACUGAAAAAAUUCUCCAAAAUAAAUAUGCUGUCCUUUCAGUUUUUCUCUUCUUUUCUUGCAUAGCGGCCACGAUCAAGGAGGGUUAGUGUCAUGACGCACAAUUAAAAAAUGCAACCUAAACAUAUUGCCUUUAGCAGACCAGAUGCACUGCUCAAAACGAGAGCUUCCAGCCUUCGGAAGCGACAUGACAGAAACAUACCUCAACAAACCUGGCAGGAGGUGAACUCCCAAUUUCUUUCUGCGAAAAGGCUCGCAAUUUCUUAACCUCUGUAGUUUACCUCUCAAUACUGAAAGCAUCGUUGCAAUCACGGCAGUUGCAUGAUUAUCAGAGUAGCAGGCCUGAUUUUACGGGAACCAGCGCAUUUAUUCAGGAUCCAAAUGCGGAAACAAACAAAUUAAGCCAGAUCAAGAAAAAUAUUUGACGUGGAAUGCUAGGCUUAUGCAAUACUGUGUUCCCCCCUAAGCUGGGACUGCGGUGGAAGUUAUGUCCUUGUUGGGCCUGUCGUACGCCUCUCUUUCGCCACGUCAUCACGCUCCUGGCCAUACCCAUGCACAAAGAGCCAGAUCAGUUGAUAAGAGGGACGCGGCUGAUUGGACUGGUGGGCACGUAGCUCCCACCGUACUCUGCUUAAAGCGCCGUUCACACUCUUGCAACCGACUUUGACCGAGAGAGACCAGACUGGUUUUUAAGCCUUUUGCGACUUAGGACCGGAUGCGAUGCAGCGGAGCUGGGCCUAAGAGGUCGCGAGAGGCUUAAAAACCGGUCUGGUCUCUCUCGGUCUUACUCGGUUGCAAGAGUGUGAACGGGUCUUAAGGCUGAACAAAGAAUAGUCCCAUUCCGAAAACAGGCACCCUCUCAGCACUUCCGAAGGUGUGUACUUGCGACAGUUGUUCGCUGCAAACUACGUCGGUUGAGGAUAUCUUCCUCUAAACACCUCGGUGGACGCAAAAUGACUCGCACUCGUAAAAACAGGCGAGCUCAACGAGCUUUCUAGCGCCUAAAAUUAAUGGCCGCAAUUGCCGGCAGCCAUGUUUGUUAUCGUUCGAAACCAAAGGCGAAAAGAUGGUCACGUGAUAUUUUCAAAAACAGUAAUGGCCGAAAAAUUGAGCAUAGCUAACACUGUUUCUGGGUGGGGCUUAGAGUGAGCUACUUACACCUAAGCUGGGUCUAACAACAGAAAUAUUGUGCAAAGAAAUGCUUGUUUUCUAUGCAAAAAUUUAGACGAAAUACAUGUCCGAAACAAGCACUUCCAAAAAAAUGUUUAUUUGUUUUCAUUUUAGUGUUCCUUUAGUGGUGUUUUUAUAUAGAUUGACAAAACAUUGGUCUUACCAAUACCCGCAAUGUUAAAAAAAAUGUUUGGUUUACCACAUGUCUUGUGCACAAGGUCUUUCUUGUUUCAACAGAGUGCCACUCCUUGUCAUUGCAUUAAAAUUAAUUGAUGGUGAGUGAAGGAUCACUUAAAGUCAGCUGUGGUGACAAGGCUUAAAUUUUUCUGCUCAGCGAGAUUAAUCAAAAGCAGACUUCUCAAUGGGCUGCAUUGGAACACUAACAGAGUCAUACUUUUGCUCGUUUCCCCAAGGUGCGUUGCUCUAGAUUUGCUGUUUUUGGCUAAAGUAAAAUAUAUCUAAACAUUUUCAGCUUCGUUUUUUGCUUCUUUUACCUUGUCUGAGGAAAUCAAACCUAUUUUCACUGCCUUUGAAACAAUUCCAUGCAAUCACAUCAUUAUCAGUGUCAAUUUUAGUCUGUGUGAAACUACAUGGAAUAAUAACUUAUGGAGUUUCACUGGUGGUGAUUUGUAUACUGAGUUUUUCAGCUUAUUGCGUUUUUUUUUCACUCGAAGUAUUGUUUACUGAAUUUAAACAAAAUGAUGAUAUAGGUGGCAUAGUUGAAAAUUCACACUGUUGCAGAGGUUCUUUACCAAAAUGCUAUGGUGUCUGAGAUCAAAUUGAGUUGUAUAGAAAAGACAAAAUUAUGUGAAUAAAUGGCACCUUUUUUAUGAUCGAGAAUAUGUAAGAAUGGUCUCCAAGCUGGAAUUGUACCGUACAGCUUUUGAAGCCUUUGAGCAUCAAUGAUCUCUGGAUAAGAUUAAAUAAAAGGAUCUUUGGCUUGCAUGAGGCAUUUUGCUCCAUCGCGCAUGCUUACUAAGUCAGAGCGAGCAUGUUUAUGCGAGAAUUUGCGUGUAUUGCAAAGCAAGAAACGAAGAGCAUAUAUCAAAUACAGUAAACUCUCAAUUGAGCGAACUUCAAGGGAUCAAAGGAAAUAAUUCACUUAACUGAAAGUUUACUAAGCUGAAUAUAUGCACUAGAAUAUGGAACAGCAUAGGGCACAGCAUACAUCGAGUCAAAAGUGUGAAAUGCAAUUUAUGGAGUCAAGUACAUUGAUAUGUACAAAGUGCACAACAGUUACGUUUUUGCCUUUCUCAUUUUGAAAAAAGAAUCUAAUUUUCAUUUACACCGGCGCUCUUAAAGCGCAUGAAGUAACAAAGUUGUCCAGAGAGUCUGUUUCUUUGCACUUCCAACGGCAUCGUCUGCGGGCUUGAAAUAUUCCGUGCAGAGUCGUUUCCUGUUAGGAUUGAAUGCAGUUUCUCCUUCAAGCAUCGACUUUUGCUACAAAGUAGCCAAAAGCAUACUUUUAUGUCAAACACAGACCGAAGACUCCAUCAGAACUCCUAAUAGGUUAAUUGAGACAUAUACAAAAUUACCGGCAUAUGAUUGUUCAAUAAAUGAAUAAAUAUCUGUAGAAGUCAGGUCUCCUGCAGGCAUAACACUUUAGUGUCUUGACACUCCAAAAACUGCAGUUUUUUCUACAGGCUAAUUUUCGAAGAGUUGUAUAAACUUUUCUGGCAUGAAAGCUCAAAACUUUCUGCUCAAAAAGUGAGAAUUUCUGCUCCAAAACCCGUUUUUCCCUGCUACAAGAGUUGCUUCGAAUCACCACUCAUCAGUUCCACCACUGAUCUUGUCUUCGUCUUCAUAAAAAAAUACCAAUUCUAAAUGCAGCUUCCAGACCGACAUUUUUGUCGCAGUCCGCGGCCUUGCUCCUUUAUUAUGUAAAGAAAUUCUUAAAACAUCUUUUUUUAAUUUGUGCCCAAGUGCAAAUUUUAGAUCUGUUGCACUAGAAACACGUCCAUUAAGUGUGCUCAUAUACACCCGACAGUAGCUUGAAGCAUCAGCACACAUCCGUCAUGUGACGAGUCCGCCUUCAUGCUUGUUCCAUGGGUCCCUGCUCGGUACACGUGAAAAUUUGUUAGAGAGAGUGAAGCGUUGCUGCUCAGUUCCACUAAGAUGUGUUCGGCUCAUACCCCGAGUGCGCAAACGAAGGAGUGUUCAUCAUGAUCUUGAAACCCCUAGACUGGGAAGGAACUUGACGUUAAAUUAGAGGGGACAGAAGAGAGGAAGCAGACAGCAUCUCAAACUCAGCUAACAAACCCUAUUUCCUACCACGCUUUUCUGUCCACUUCCCAAGGUCAUCCACAAUGCAAAAAAGCAAACAAAGAAACAAGCUUUGUUCUCCAGGUGACCCAAUUUCUAAGCCAGUUCGUUCCAAACACACCAAGGCUCAGAACAAUAUCAGUAGGAGUAGAAGGGACCCAACCAAAAUUGUUCAGCAAAAUUAAGUUCUCUACAAACGGACGUUGAAAGCCCACACACACCCACAAAAGAAAAAACAGGUUGAACUGUAGUUUUAGACUCGUAACAAAGACAGCAAACCACCAAAAUACAUGAACACUCUUUGUACGAUAAACAAGAUGGUAGCUUGACAGCUGUGUGUCGUUUCUUUGGCUCGUCCUAAUCCACUCACUCCGCGUCCCCAGAAAUGUGGUCACCCUGUGUACUCGGCAAAAACCAAAAACACACAUCCAAAAACGGACAUCCGUUCCUUUGCUUUGGUGCUGUGUAAAAAGCAGCUCUCGUCAAAAUGUGCCCUAAAACAAGCCCGAUUCCGUUCGAUCGGCGUGAGGUGACUGUCGUAGACAUGUAUAUUGGAUGUCGUCGAAGAAAGGGUAAAUAGCACAGGCAAGCUGUGUUUGAAACUUGCGACUCUUUUGUCUGAUUUUUAAUCUUCUGUGUCUCCGGUUACUAUGAAAAUAUUGGAUAUUUUGCUUUAUACAAGACAUUUUUCAAAUAAACCCUGUUUGGAUAAUGCAGCACGUUGGGGUAUGUACAUACAAUAUGUU